CGGCGCCCAGCAGCCGGUGAGGAGACCGGACACGGCAAUACUAAUACCCUGGAGGCGGCCGGAGAUUUGAGCUAUGGCCCCAUCUCCCCACACUCUCUCGUCACGCCUUUUGACAGGUUGGGUAGGAGGAUGUGUAUGGUAUCUGGAAAGGAGAGCUAUACAGGAAUCUCCUCACAAGUUUAUGCAUCUUUUCAGAAGUGCCAAUAAGCAAUGGACUACAUUACAGCAGUUUACCCUCCUAAAGCGCAUGUAUGUCACACAACUGAACAGAAGUCUGAACCAGCAAGUAAGACCAAAGCCAGAACCAGUGUCAUCUCCUUUCCUUGAGAAAAUUUCUUCAAGUCAAGGCAAAGCUGAUGUAUACGAAAUAAGACCUCUUUCACCCCCAAGCCUACCUUUGUCCAGUAAGACAAAUGAAAAAGAAGUACUUGAACUAGAAUCUGCUUCAAUAAUUGAAAGCUCAGUUGAAGUUGGAAAACGGACAGGAGAUGAAAUCCAGUGGAAGGAGAUGAAACUACAUGUGGAUAAUUUACCAGGAAUUUUGGCUCGACUCUCCAAAAUCAAACUCACAGCUCUUGUUGUAAGUACCACAUCAGCAGGAUUUGCAUUGGCUUCAGGACCUUUUGACUGGCCCUGUUUCUUGAUGACUGUUGUUGGAACAGGCCUUGCUUCAUGUGCUGCCAACUCCAUCAAUCAGUUUUUCGAGGUGCCGUUUGAUUCCAAUAUGAAUAGGACAAAGAACAGACCUCUGGUUCGUGGCCAGAUCAGCCCACUGUUGGCAGUGUCUUUUGCCACCUGCUGUGCUGUUCCAGGAGUUGCCCUUCUUACCUGGGGGGUGAAUCCACUCACUGGAGCUCUGGGGGCCUUCAACAUCUUCCUGUAUACUUGCUGUUAUACACCAUUGAAGAGAAUCAGCAUUGUCAACACAUGGGUUGGAGCUGUUGUUGGAGCCAUCCCACCUGUCAUGGGCUGGACAGCUGUAACUGGCAGCCUUGAUGCUGGUGAAGCAUUUCUUUUAGGGGAAUCCCUCUUACUCUGGCAGUUCCCACAUUUUAAUGCCCUGAGUUGGGGCCUCCGUGAAGACUACUCCCGAGGUGGUUACUGUAUGAUGUCCGUCACCCACCCGAGCCUCUGCAGGCGAGUGGCACUGCGCCACUGUCUGAUGUUGAUUGGACUAUCUACGGCAGCCCCCAUCCUGGAGGUCACCACAUGGACGUUUCCGAUAAUCCCCUCCCCCAUCAACCUAUAUAUUUCGUACCUCGGUUUUCGAUUUUACAUGGUCGCAGACCGGAAGAGUUCCAGGAAGCUGUUCUUCUGCAGCCUGUGGCACUUACCCUUUGCUACUGCUUCUCUCAUGCUUACUUGUAAGCAGUCAAUACAAGAGAAAUGUGACAAGGAAGAAAUUCAAAGUUGA